AUGAAUAUCACCGAAUUGGAUGUGUUUUGUGAAGAGAAAGUAGAUUCCGGUGGAUGGUUAGUAAUUCAACGUCGUCGACGUUUCUCACAAAAUUUUAAUAGAAAAUGGAGUGACUAUAAGAAGGGAUUCGGCGACUUAACGGGAGACUAUUGGUUCGGUUUGGAAAAAUUGCACGCGCUCACCAGCAGCUGUGAACAGGAGUUGUAUAUUGAAGUGGAAAGAAUUAAUGGCGCGGUAGAUAACUUAAAUGGACACGACGGAGAUAAUGUGGAGUUUAUCAGUCCGAACGGAGAUAAUGUGGAGUUUAUCAGUCCGAAAAAGAUGAUAAGCGAUAUAUCGGUAACGUUAGCGCAAAUGAUGAUACGACCAACCGAAAACUGCUUUAGACGAUUGGCGUUGAGCAAUUUAAAUUGA